AUGGCGAAGGCGGGCAGUUCUGUUCCCCCGGACGCCUGGGCUUCUUGGUCUCCUGCUAUUCUCGCUAACCCGACCAAGAUCCCCCGUCGAUACGUCCAGAUACCCUCGGAUCAGCAGAAGCUGUUGGACCGCCCUGAUGCUUGGUCUCUUGGUCGUUAUCCUAAUGUGCCACCAAAAGUGCUGACAGACGUGCGAGCGCAGUCUGUGAGGGACACUCCGCCUAACGUCUCGGCGCUGGAGGAAACGCUCCUCUCGCAGCCUGCUUCUCCGGCCUCUCCUGGCAGGGCCGGGGAGGAUCUCCAUCGAUCCGCAUCUCCAGAAAGGGGCGUCGGUGCGGGCAUUGGGCUGGAAAAUGACUCGGCCAAAGCCGAGGAAGAUGGUAACAGGGGGGUAGAAAACACACCCGGCACCCCCAUACCAUGGUCCUCAUCGCCUCCAGAGCACUUCCUUGGACCACACCAACGUGAAGAGGCGCGAGCCAAGGAUGUGAGCGAUUCGAGCCGCCAUUCUCCUGAGCAGCGUGGUCCCAGGACCACUGGCAGAGUCUCAGCCCGCGCGGCGUUCUUGACGGACUUUCCCCCCAGCAGCAGCGCCAAAUCCGACCCUGGGCUAGAGAUUGAAGUCCCCAACGCUGUUACCGAAGCUCUAGAACCGGUCAACCGACAAGCUGUAUCUGUCUUCAAUCAUACUCCGCCCUCCGCACAGGUCCACAUCCCCGUCUCGGCCGUCUGGCCCGAUCAUCAACUCCUCGUCGACGACACAGGCACAGCAAGAUCGACCUGGGCCUGGGCCAACAUCACCGGUUAUGCCAUCCCCACCGCCUCAUUGCAACCGGCCGGCGAGCAGGGUCCCAGCGAGUUCCCGAUCGACACGCCGUCAGACACUUCGUCAUCCCAGGCUCCAUAUACCACCUUCAAAGCCGCCUAUCCAGAUUAUGAAGGCAGCCUUGGGGUCUACUUGCGAGCUGUCUUGUCGAUAUUACCCCUUCAGAAAAAGAGGGCUUUGGCUGAGUUCCUGUACGACGAUUUUGUGCGGGUUUUCUCUACUGAUUUUCUUACCUACAUUAGCGGUCAGGAGGCCAAUCCUCGCCCGCUCUCGGCAGUCGAAUUUUAUAACGAGAAUGUGUCAAGACCCGUUUACUUGAGGGGCGUCUUGACCAAGAACAACCUCAGCGAAACUCUCAACAAAUAUGCGAACGAGAUACGUGCCAUCAGGGGGGGCGCUGUUGAACCCCAGGAACCCGAAGACACAACACGCCAGCGACAUGAUCAACGAGCACCGGACAAGGCGCCAUUCGAGAGACAAACGGCACGACAACCACGGCAGCGGACGGACACAAGCUAUGCCUCUCAUGAGAGCGACUCCUCCAGUGCGGCUGUCUCUGCAAGUCCCGGACCGGGAACCCGGGAGACUGGGUCUCCCGCAGUUCCCACUUGCGCCGCCACAGAACCACGCCCCACGAAGCAGGUCCGUGAAACGGUUCCACCGCCAACAGCCGGUAUCGAUGUUCCCCCGCCUCCGUCGACCGUUCGACCCCCGACCGAGGCUGGUAAACCGGCCAGAGAGGCAAUCGUCUCUCCCUCUCGACCUGUUUUCCGAACCCAGCCUGAUUCUCCUUCGCUAGACAUUGAGCCUUCACCAACUCCGGUCACUCCAGCGAUGUCUAAGCGUACAUUACCGGCAGUAGACAAAUUCUCCGGCGCUGGGCUCUCUCAGGCCAGCAACCCUGAGAGCAUACCAGAGACGACGCUCAAGCGCAGGGCCGCGCCUCGAGCCUCGGCUGGGUCCUCGACGGCAGAACCUGGCGCCGAGUUCAAGCGGCCGCAGGCGGCAAAGACGAAUGCAGACAAGCGAGCCUUACGGUUCAAGAAGUUCCUGAUGCAGAAGAGGAUUCAGAGUUCUGCCCCUCAACGGUCUACUCCAUAG